UUCAAGGAAAGUUUCGUAUGCGUAACCGGAACUGGAAGUCAUUGUUGACCUAAUUUCAAGAAUUACAACAUGGAAGUUUUGGAAAAUGUCUUAAUGGAAAUAACAUCGGUGUAACCCGGAAACUCUAACUAAUUGUGUAAGAAGAAAACUUUAUCAUGGAUCUCCCGAAUCCACCCGAUGAUCAGGAACAGAAGAAUAUAAUUGACAAGUUAGCCAACUUUGUGGCGAGAAAUGGACCAGAAUUUGAACAUAUGACGAAAUCGAAGCAGAAGGAUAAUCCAAGAUUUGCGUUUUUAUUUGGCGGUGAAUAUUAUAGUUAUUACCAGUACAAGGUGAACUCAGAACGAGUCAGUGACGAACCAAUGAUGUCAUCUGUUAUGAUGUCACGUAACUAUAGUAACAUAGAUGGAGAAAAUAGACCACACUACGUUCAACAUCAACAUCAGCAACAACAGCCAUCAUUACAAGCGAUCCAGACGCAGUCAUGGCAACCAUUGCCAGGUGGUGCUGGUCCUGGUAUAGGUAUGAUGCGGGGUCAACCAGGUGGACCUCCCUCUCAACCAGUGAUACAGCAUAUGAUAUCACAGUCCUCUGGCUUACCACCUCCCGUGACAACCAUGUCUCAGCCACCACCUGUCCUGCAUCUCGGUCCUGGUCCGAGCCCUGGCCCUGGCCCUGGUACUAAUGUUGCAACAAGUCAACCAGUUAGUGGAAGUCUGGAACAACAGAUUUCAGCUAUUCAGCAAAAUUUGAGUCAGCUACAGAGUAAUAAGGAAGAAAGUGUGAGACAGAGUGAAAAUAAUCUGGCAGCUCAAUAUCAGAGUAUGCUUCAAUUACAAGGGCCCCAGAUAGAUCAAUGUAUACGUAAUGGUAGAGAAUCACGACUACAACGUUUAUCAAUGGAAUGUGAUGUAGCGAUUGAUGAGUUAGAUAGAGCUGUUCAACCAAUAAUAGAUUCAUGUACCAAAGAUGGAAUAUUAAAUUGCAAGAACUGGAUAAUGCAAAAAGGAAUUAGUGCCAAGCAUUGUGAAUUAAUCGCACAAUAUAUGCUAAAUAGAAUUCUAGCACCUGAUUGUCAGUUCUCAGUACGACUUCAUCUAACAUAUCUGAUGAACGAUUUAUUACACCAUUGUAUGAGGAAAGGUAACGGUGAAUUGAAAUCAUCGAUAGAGAGAAUAGUUUUACCAACGUUUACUACAUCUAUAUCAGAAACAGAUGACAAGGGCAGAGAAAAACUCAUGAAGCUUCUGAAUCUGUGGGAAAGACAUCAUUACUUUAAUCUAGAAAUAAUUGAGCAAUUAAAAAAUCCUGUUCCAACUUUAGCAAAUUACAAGGCCAAUUUAAUCAAUGAAUUCUCAGACGAUGUCUCGCCCAUAACAUCAAGUGUACAAAAACAAUAUGCAGUGCUUCAAAAUCAGCAUCAAGAAUUUGUGACUCAUUUACACAGCCAGAUUCAACAGACACAGUCGCAGUUACAGUCUGUAAUACAGCAGAAAGCUUCACAAAUACAGGCGCAGGCACAAGCAGCGCAGGCACAAGCAGCUCAGGCACAAGCGGCUCAAGCAGCUCAGGCGGCACAGGUUCAAGCCCAGCUACAGGCCCAACAACCACCAACUUCAAUGGGUUUAAAUGGUCAGGCUCCGUCGGCUAUUUCUGUGGUGACAUCAAACUCUGAUAAAACUCCAGUAGAUAAAAUAGAAGAGGGCCAACAGAUUCCUACAGCCAUGAGUCAGCCACGAAGGUUCAGCAGAUUUAGUCAAGCUCCACCAACAAGCCAACCUCCACCAACACCUCCUCAUCUACUAGGUCCUCCACCAGAUUUAUCACGACCACCACCUGAUUUUACACGGCCGCCACCAGAUUUCCCACCCCCGGGUUUCCAACCAGGAGGUGCUGCUUCAGCACCUGGUUCAGGACCUCCAGGACAGAUGCCUCAAUUUGUUCCAGAUCUAAGUCGACCACCUCCAGGGUUCUCACAGGGUCCACAAGGUCCACCUGGUCCGCCUGGUCAACAUGGUCAGCAUGGACCCCAUGGACAACCGGGACCACAUGCUCAACAAGGACAUCCAGGUCCCCCUGGGCCACCUGGCCCAUCUGGCCCACCUGGUCCACCUGGUCCACCAUUACCAUUAGACAUGGAUCUAACACCAUCGGUACCUUACUAUGAAUUACCCGCAGGUUUAAUGGCACCAUUAGUCCAGUUAGAAGAGUCAGAAUAUAAGCCGUUAGAUCCACGGGAUAUUCGUCUUCCACCACCCAUGCCACCAACAGAAAGAUUAUUAGCUGCUGUAGAAGCCUUCUACUCUCCACCAUCACACGAUCGACCCAGAGACACUGAUGGGUGGGAGAAACUUGGUCUGUAUGAAUUCUUUAAAGCAAAGCAACGAUGCAAAAAAAUAAAAGAAGACAGAGAUGCUGAAAUGCAAAGAUGGAGUCGAAUGCAACCACGAGGUCGUUCAAGGUCACCACCUUAUCCAAAACACGUUCCUUCGCCUCCAAUGAGAGUAAGGUCAAGGUCAAGAUCUCCCAUUCCACCGCCUCGUAGACGAUAUCGUGAUGGAAGAAGUCGAUCAAGGUCCAGGGAAAGAGUCAGAUAUAAUAGAUCGCCCUCUAGAGAAAGGUCAAGGUCUAGAGAGAGGUCAAGGUCUAGAGAAAGGUCAAGGUCAGUAGAGAGAAGGAGAGAAAGAUCUUUGGAACGGUCACCGUCACCUAAAAGACGAGUUUCAGGAGCAGGAGCAGGACGUAUGGACAAUUCACCGUUACCAUAUCAACCAAGUAGUAGAUCUCCGUCUCCAGUACGAAUGAAGAAGUCGAUAUCACGGAGCCCCACGCCUCCAGCACCUAUGUUGGGUUUUGGUCAAGCACCUCCUGUAGAAUCUCCUCUAGGUCAUAGUAAUAAAGGUCAUCAACUUAUGUUGAAAAUGGGAUGGGGAGGAAAAGGCCUGGGUUUAGCAGAACAAGGUCGACUGGAUCCAGUAGAAGCUGCUGAGGUCCGGGAGAAACAGGACCAAUUUAAAGGCAUUGGACUAAACGACCAUGCAGAUCCAUUUGAAGCUUUCCGUAAAAAUAAAUCGAAGGGUUACGUUCAAAGAAUGAGAGCCCGAGACGAAAUGAGAGAUACUUCCAAGAAAUCUAAUGAAUCAGGUAGUGAAAAAAAGAAAGACAGAGAUCGAGGAGAACGUGAGAGAGACCGGGAUUAAUUAUUUAUUACAUCAUCAGAUUAUGUGCAGAUUUAAUUGUUCAUUACAUCAUCAAUUCCUGUGCAGAUUUAAUCGAGCACUCUGUGUGAAUGAACUGUUAUAAAACUUUUAGAACAUGAACAGUUAAUGGUGGACUGGUUAUUGCUACAACCUGAUCAUUUUGGUCUGUGACACACACAAGAGAUUAUUUGUCUGCUGUAAAUAAUACAGCCUCACAGAUUGUUCAUGAUGUCUUGUCUGAAGCCGCCUCCUCCCCCCCCCCCCCCCCAUCCUGAGAGUGAUGAAAGUUUUGAGUUUUAGGAAGUGUAAUGUUUACAUUUAUCAAAUAGUACCAAAAACGUGCCCUGAUUGUCCAUUAUGUCUAGGAUGUGUUAUCUGAAGCAAUAGGCCCACUCCCUGAGAGUGAUGUGAACCCCUUGUGGUUUGUGUUACAUGUGUACAUUUAUGAAAUAGUACCAAAAGCAUGAGAUUUUCACUUGACCUCAUCAACCCUGCUUGUCCAUUAUAACUAUGAUAUGUUGUCUGAAGCGAGAGUGCUUUGUGUUAUGUGUAAUGUUUACAUGAGUGUGCAAGCCUUUAGUGGUGGAUACCACCGAGUUCCCCUCUCUCUCAACUGUGUUUUACACAAAUCAUGAAAAUAUUGUAAAAUCACAUUAUUGUAAAAUAAAUUCAUACAAUUCCACAUACCUUUCUCUAAAUGGGUUGUCUUUUCUCAAGAGUGGCAGUUUGUUUUAUUUCUUAUAAAUUUACAAUAAAAUGUGGCUGCAGUUUUUUUAGCAGACAUAAAAGACAGAGUUUAAAGUAGAUAAAUUGCUAAUAUUUGGGACCUAGAAAUUGACACAAAUGGGUAGCAUAUAAUAAUGUAAUAUGAAUGUAUAUAAACUGAUUUUACAUUCAA